GUCGUUACCUAGGUUACUCACUCAUUGGUCGCAUACUGACUGAGGUUGCACAGUUCAAUCAUAUUGUGACUGUGUGACAUAGACGAGAUGUCUUAGCUGUAGGUUAAAACAUUAAGACGAGGAAUGGGUAAUGGGUUGUGGCCAGUCCAAAAGGAACGAAGUAUUCCCAACCGUGAUUGUAUCACUGGCAGACUCAGAUAGAACUACUGACACUGUGUACAUACCCGACAACUUUUGUCAGCGGCCAAGAAGGCCAAGUAAGGAUAUUUUUGAGGAGCAUCUAAAACAACGCCAGCAAUUGGGAGGUUCUCCCAGCAGGCAUCGUUCAUGUGUUGACACUCCUCCUAUAACAGAGCUGGAAGGAACGCUGUGCGAACGACAUAGGGAGGAGAGCUGCGAGUCAUGCUGUGAAUCACUCAUCGCGGCUUCCUUCAUCAUGCGGCCGUCGGAGUACAGGAUCACCAGGCUGUCCUCGCACGGCGUCACGCACAAGGAACCGUCGUCAUGUCGUCCGGAGGAAGUGAUGCCACGCGGAAACUUCACGCUCACGGACAGCGUGACGAGCAAAAGUGGAAGCGUAAUCAUCUGACAAUGUCGCCGCAGCUUGCAGUGCUGUAUAGCAAGGACCGCCCGGCUAGUGGAAAACCUUUUGUCGCUUUGUGGUUAUAUAUCCUAAUACCCAACCGAAUGCAUGAUCAGCCAAAAUCGUGUGAGCUAAUGUUUCCUCGAAACGGUCAUUUUAAUUGUCUGUACCUGUGGAAAGUUGUAAAAAUGAGCACAGCAAAUGGUAAUUUUUUCUUAAUGACCCACUCCUGGAAUGCUAAUUGUAAUAGUAAUCCUUUAAGGGUGUCAUCAUGCGAUAUGCUAUGAUGCUGUAUUUAUGUGUUGAGCAUUGCAGAAAAUUUCGUCAAUUAUCAAAAAAUUAGCAAACUUUUUACAUGUAGUAUUUAACACUUACUAAAACAUAGUGAAUACACAGUAUUAUACUUACUUACUGAAAUUACUGAGAGUAGUUAUGCACGUUUUAUUGUUGCAGUGAUGGGUAUGGUAUAUUAUAGAGCAAGUCGUUUUUAAAAAGAUAACAAUUUGAAAAAAAGACAAAUCCAGUCACAAGCAAUUUCCUUUAUUUAUUUUGGGAGGGGGAACUAUGCAGCAGUCGUGUUAAUUAUACUACGUUAGUAACUAGCCUUGGUGCUUGCUUCUACACGGUGGCGUUUUCCUAGUAAAAUCUACAGACAAUACAUUCCAGGUCCUAAAUCCUGACUUUUUGGUCCCUAGUGGAUACAUAUGGCACCUAUCACAUUAUAAAAAUGAUGCAGUAGUUUAGUUGUCUACAUCUAGAAUACUCACAAGUUAGAAUCAUAUUAUAGGUGGUUGGUUAUUUGAGCACAUUUCCUACCAUUAACAAUGAUUCAUCUUGUCACAUAUCUGUACUAAAACAGUUUACACUCCUUACACUUGUAAUGUUUCUAGUCCUAACCCUAACCCAAUACACGUGAUCCCUAAAUCUACUGUGCAAGUCAGGAAAUCUGAUUUCCCCCGGCCACCUGUUACACGAUUACAAAUGCCCCAAUUCCGACCAGUACGUCACAUGCCCCUAUCACCUUUUUUUUUUAUUCCACAUGUCAACUGAUCGUCAAACAUCACGAAUGCUGCCGAGUCAACACAAACACACCCACACACGCAUUCUCAACUGAGAUCUUUCGAUUUACAAAAUCGCACGACAUACGG